GCUCAAGACACUUUUUUUCUUUCUUCUUUCCUCAUCUCCCUCCAUCUGAGUUGAUCUAGGGUUUCGCGAUGGCUUCCAAGCGGAUCUUGAAAGAACUGAAGGAUCUCCAAAAAGAUCCUCCUACAUCUUGCAGCGCAGGCCCUGUUGCUGAAGACAUGUUUCAUUGGCAAGCAACUAUUAUGGGUCCCCCCGACAGUCCUUAUGCAGGGGGUGUCUUUUUAGUUACUAUUCAUUUUCCUCCUGAUUAUCCAUUUAAACCACCAAAGGUUGCUUUCAGGACGAAGGUUUUCCAUCCAAAUAUCAAUAGCAAUGGCAGCAUUUGCCUUGACAUCUUGAAGGAGCAGUGGAGCCCUGCCUUGACUAUUUCUAAGGUGUUGCUCUCGAUCUGCUCCCUGUUGACGGAUCCGAACCCUGAUGACCCUUUGGUGCCGGAGAUAGCUCACAUGUACAAGACAGACAGGAGCAAGUACGAGACAACUGCAAGGAGCUGGACUCAGAAGUAUGCAAUGGGUUAGUUGUGUGCGUGUCUGGAGAGGGUGGGUGGUGGUGUGGAGGGCUACAUUCCUUUCGUGCUGGGGGGCCUUUUGUCUUUCAGUAUUUCUGUAUGACUGAAGUUUGAUGCGUCUCUUCAUACCUAAACUAGACCUGAAGAGAAAGGUCCAAACUUUGCCCUCCAUUAAAAAAGAAAAACUAAUGGUAUUUCCAAUUGUUUGUAUGGGAAUUUGAUCUUUGGACUAAAGAAAUUGCCCGUUUCUUAAA